ACUAGUACAUCUGGUGCAAGAUUGCCUAAAAUAAUCCCCAAGGUAUAUGCCAAAAACUAAUUUGGUGACUAAAUGUUUGAAACUUCUAAAUCACUUUUAAGAAUGACUCAAUACGCAGUAUAAUAGGAAGUGAUCACCUCGCCAAACAUGCUAUAUCUUGGAAUCCCUUUUCUUAUUCCUUCUAUACCUUCUCUUGGCUUUUUCCAGGUAAUUGAUUUGGGCGGUGAAGCCAUCCAAAGCUCUGAAUACUUCAGAAAUGGCCGAGUGACUGAAUUUAAAUACGGCAUGCAGUUGGGGACGGUCCUUCGCAAAUGGAAUGGACAAAAGAUGGCAAAUUUGAAGAGCUGGGGAGAAAGCUGGCACAUGAUGCCCUCUAAUAAAGCCUUCGUCUUUGUUGAUAAUCACGACAACCAGAGGGGACAUGGAAGUGGUGGGUCCUCCAUUCUCACGUUUUGGAACCCUAG